UCCUGGACUUAUUCCAAAACUGCCGGAAAUGCUUAUCCCGUUGCUCUGCCGAGGUAACAGCUACAGGCACAAUGAUAAGUGUGAAAACCCGGUGCCACGAUGGACAUGAGCUGACAUGGGAGAGUCAACCUGUGGUCAAUGGAAGGCCAGCCGGAAACCUUCUGCUGUCAGGUUCCAUAUUCUUCUCUGGAGCAAAUGCAGCACCAACUCUGCGAAUGCUGAAGCACAUAAACGUGCAAACGUUCAGCCUCACAACAUUUUACAGAUACCAAAGCUGCUUUCUUGUUCCAGCCGUAGAGAAGGUCUGGUCAUUGGAGCAGAGGCAACUUCUAGACCAGCUGGAUGACCAGGCAGUAGAUGUAUCGGCAGAUGGGAGGUGUGACUCUCCUGGGUUCUGUGCAAAAUAUAUGACAUAUAGUAUCCAUGUGGAUCAACUGAACAAAAUAAUUCAUUCCGUCCAAGUUCAACUGGCAGAGAACGAGAGGGUGACAGCAAGUGUCAACAUGGAAAAAGAGGCGCUCAUCAGGAGUAUUCAGUUUCUAAAGGAGCGAGGCAUAAAGCUGAACUCCAUAACAACAGACCGUCACCCUGCCAUAAGAAAGUACCUUGAGAAGGAAGAACCAGCGAUAAGGCACUUUUUCGACAUUUGGCAUAUCUCAAAAAGUGUGAAAAAAAAGCUGACCGCGAUCAGCAAAAGCGCCAACUGCCACAGCCUAGAGAGGUGGAUCCAGGCAACGUCUAACCACCUGUACUGGUGUGCAAAAGCCAGUGGAGGAGAUUCUCGGCUGACAACAGAUGCAUGGCUAAGCAUCCAGAAUCAUGUUGUGGAUAUUCACAGUCACCAUAAUGGAUCCUACCCACGCUGCCUUCAUGGUCCAAUCACAGAUGGAGACUGGCUUGACCCCGAUUCUUUGGCUUACAAAAAAUUCAAAGAAGUGACUGGGAACCCACGCCUUCUCAAAGAUGUUGCCCAGAUGUCUGCCAACACUCAAACUUAUGCCCUUGAAAGCUUCCACAGCCUCCUGAUCAGGUUCGCGCCAAAAUCUGUGGCGUUUUCUCCCGAGGGCAUGCUUUGCAGGACUAGACUGGCUGCUCUGCAUUAUAAUGAAAAUGCCCAACGCAGCCAAGCGGAGACACUACGUGGGGACCUACGUUGGAAAAUCAAGAACUCCAAAGCGAAGCAGGGACACCAAGUGGCUUGUCCUGUCAAGACUGCCCCUACAUUUGCCUACAUUGCAAAGCUGCUUGCUGAAGCAGAAGUGCAGUGCAGGUCGCAUGCGUCAUUUCAGGAGGCAAGCAAGCAAAAGCAGACACGGAGCUUCCCAGCGCCGAUGAGCCACUCGAGGCAACAACUGCCUAAAGAAGUCAUCGUGGCUGCCAGGGUGUCAAGACUAGGCACCUGAUAGAGGCACCUGGUCAUGAUCACAUUGCAUAUCUGCUGCUUUCAAGCUUGUUGUCUGUUUGAGGCUCAGAUUUGUAGUGUUCUUACAACAACGAAGAACAGCUGAGGGUGGCUAUAAAAGCAGACACAACCAAUACACAGGCCUCGGAGACAGACUUGGGGGAGGGGGGGCUUGCUUGGAGAUGACGGCGCGUUGCACAAUGGUAAAAUAGAGGAAGUCGUGGAACAGGAGAUGGAGGGAGAUGCAGUUCCCUUUGCUCUCUGGUACUGACUGGCGACUGCAGAAAACACAUGAUCAUUCCUCAGCUAGCCUUCAUUGGGGAGCUUACUGUACCGGGUUACCAUCAGGGUACAUGGUAUGUCAGAUACUGCACAAAACAGACCUCUACUCAAGAAACGUCCUGACGUAGGUAGACAGAUUGAAACCGAAACAAAUUGGAGGAGGAGGGCUGGGUUCUACGAAUGGGCAUUUGCUACUGAAAGAAAGUAGGACUGAAGCUUGUGUCCCUUUCUGGGACCAUCAUAACACCCUCAAGACCAUGGCUUUCAGGUGCAUCCAUGUUCGCCCCUAGCUCUGAGCGUAGCUGUAGCGCUGUCGAACACUAGGAUGUCAUUUGUUUACAAGCAGGGAGGUCUGUUGUUUUCUGUAUGUUUUAUGGUUAUACAAAUACCAUAGUUCAGCAUUCGAAAUGCACGAAAAUGCGUAUCAGGUGCUUUAGUACAUAUAUUGAUAAACAGUGCAUGGUUUCGCAUAAGUCUGCCAUUCGAUGAUAUUUGUUGGGAGCUACCAUAUACAUCACCCUCAUAAGUGCCCUGAGACCAUUGAUCACGUACAUAUGGAAUAAGCUGCAAACUGUUAUGGAGAGGGUGCUUGCACUGUCACUGUCAACAUGCUCCCAUUACAUCAGACCGCUUCCUCUUCUGCUGCAUAUCUGAACGCGUAUGCUACCAGUUUUUCAUUAAACAAAAGGCAUGUCACACAUAUCACUUGGGGUUUGCUCUCGGCAACAGCAAUGGUGGUGCACAUCUCAUACUGGCAUCCAGAAUUGUUUCAAACACAGACUUGACUUGUGUGACAAUUUGUUUUAUUCAUGUAAUUUCCAAGACUAUUGGCAGUACAAUCAAAAAUAUAAGGAUGCACGCAACUUACACAUUUCUGUCAGUUGUACAAGUAGUACUUGUUAGUUGCUGCAACCCAUUUCCACAAACACUCUGUUUCAGAUAUAAAAAAAAUUGCUGUAAAUAAAGCAUUAGCAAGUUCUUGCCAGCUACACUUAGUGUGUGCAAUGUUGCAAUGUUCUGCUCAAUCUGCAGACCCUACACUGUACACGGAAACUACCUUUUUCAAUCGUGGAAAUAAAGAAAUGAAUACGGUGAUAUGCAAG